AUGCCUUUUGGUUUGACUAACGCGCCGGCAGCCUUCAUGAGAUUGAUGAACGACGUGUUCAGGGAGUAUUUGGACGUGUUCGUCAUUAUAUUUAUUGAUGACAUUUUGGUGUACUCGAGGAGUCAGGAGGAGCAUGCGACUCACUUGAGGUUGGUUCUGGAGAAGCUUCGGGAGCAGAAGCUUUUUGCUAAGUUGAGCAAGUGCAGUUUCUGGCAGCGAGAGAUGGAUUUCUUGGCCACAUUGUUUCUGCAGAGGGAGUUUCUGUGGAUCCGGCUAAGAUUGAGGCUAUCAGAGAUUGGCCUAGACCUAGUAGUGCCACAGAGAUCAGAAGUUUUCUGGGUUUGGCAGGAUACUACAGGAGGUUCGUCAAGGGGUUUGCUACCAUGGCGCAGCCUAUGA